UUUCACUGCUCCUGCUCUAGUCGCCAAAUCGGUUUCUAUAAUUUUUUUUAUUUUUUCUUCUUUCUGUGUUUAUAUAUUAAAAAAAAAACAAAAAAAUUUGUAUAUGUCUAUAGAUUUAGUUAUAUAACAAAUUUUAAAAUAAUUAAACUAAAACAAGUUCGUCGGAAAAAGUAACUAAAAAUUUGAAGAACCUUUCCAACCUCUACCUAACCUACUCUACUCUCAAGUUGUAAUAAAAAAGUAAAUUAUAAUAAAUCAGUAAUAUUUUUGAUAUUAAAAUACCGUGGGUGCUCAUAUCAAUCAAUAAAAAUCGUCUUCUAUAUUGUUUACACUAAUAUUAAUAAUUAUUAAAAUUAAGUUGUGUGCCAUUAAAUUUUACUCAAUCUGAUUUUUUUAUACAAUAUUAUAUGUAAAAGAAGGUAUUUUCCAGAUUUAUAAUUGACAAUUCAAGGAGCUAAUUAUACUAUCCAUAUAAUUUAUAAUGGCAGAUAGAUUCUUCAGCUUAUACCCAGAUGAAGCCAAUAGCUUCAUCAAUUACAACUCUGCUUGUCUCCAGUCGAAUGGAUUGGUUACGCCAUCAACGUCAUCAGCACAACAGCUCCAGUCGCAGACUGACUACGGCUCCAUAACUUCGCUAUCGUCAGCAUAUUUUGGAUCAAAUGUACUCGAUGUGAAUAACAAUCCCAUAUGUCAGAGCAACGUCAUGAGCGGGACUGAAUUGAACAAUGGUCGCAGCACCUCCAUGAUCAAUUAUUUUAACAAUCAGCAGAAUUUCAAUAAAAUUGCCACCAAUGGGUCUUCCGUAAUAAAACAGACUAACAAUGGCUGCAGCAAUCAGGCUUAUAUGCAACCCUCUAAUCUGUUGUCGUCUUCGAUGGGAAAUCAGCAGUUGGUCCAGCAGCAGUGCCAAUAUACGCAUAACAAUGGAAGCGGUUGUUUCAACAGGAAUCGUUACAUGCCAUACAAUCACAAUCGUACAUGUGCUGCUGCAGCAGCAGCCGCUGCCACUGCUGCUUCUGCCUCGUCCUUAGGGAAUUCCAUCAAUCCAGUAUCAACUGCAACCUCGUUGAGUAUGCAGUUUCAGCAAUUUGCUCCGAUUUACCAGAAUUGCUCCACCUCAUCCAUGUUGUCAUCGCAGUCGAAUGGAAGUGGAAAUUUUGACAAUAAUUUAGAGCUUGAUUUCAGCUAUGCACGAGCUGUAGUUGCUGCAACUAUGCCACCAACUGCUGCAACCACUUCAGCCAAUACGAGUACGACAGGUGUAUUAAGUGCUGCCAAUACCAGUGUAAACAAUGGAAAAUCGGGUGGAUCUGUAACCACCCAAUACCAAUCGAAUGGAUCAUCACCAGGAACUGACGCCAACCAAGUCGUGACUUUACAAAUUAACAAUUUGGACUAUUCAAUGGAUGAAGCAAGUCUUCGGAAUUUCCUUAUCAAUCAACUCAAGCCAAUAACUCCAGUUGUGUCAUUGGUUUUCGAGGGAAGUUCCUUCGCCAAGGUCACAGUGCCCAAUCUAAAUUUCGCCAAACAAGUUGUUGCCAAUUUGCACCGUAAGAAGAUCGGGCACAAGCGUAUGAUUGUUUCGUAUACCCGAGACUCAUCGUUGACGGAGUUCAACACCCUACGUUGCCAAGUAGCCGGUCUACUCAAAGAUGUCCCUUACUAUACUUUGCCAAUGUACAAGUUUCGCGAACUUUUUCAGUCACGUUUCAAGACAUCCAUUAGUGUGCUGGACCUUUAUAAGAUGCAAGAUAUCUGCAACAUAAAUGCCGAUAGCAAUGAGGAGAAGUUUAUAAGUCUUCAGCCGGAGCUCUUUAAUUCGCUCGAUAGUAGUCCCUUGAUGGAGGGCCUGCAGCAUAGUGUUCCAUAUUGCACGAUCCAUUUCAAACGCGAACAACACAAGGGUUGGGCCGAGCAGGAGAUCGAACCACUACCUAACGUUUGUAUGACUAUUUCUCAAAUCGAGCAAAUCAUUUAUCCUUUGUUGAAAAGCCACCCGGGAGAUAUUCCAGUAGCCAGUUUGGUGCACUGCAUUGAGGGAGAGCUAAAUAUUCAGAUAACCAAAAACGAAAACGGGGUGAAUCUUGAACACUUGGUUUGCUGCGUUCACGGAAUUCAGAUCAAUACCAAUAGCUUUGGGAAUAAGAUCUUAGUUUGGGUUGAGACAGAAAAUGUCGUAGGAAAAGAUAAUGGUGAUGGAAGGUUCUAUGCUAAGAACGCAACAGUUUCCGAUCCACUCUAUCAAAUCUCAAGAGAAGUUGUCGAACUCAUGAAGAUGUCACCAAAAUCGACCAUGAAGUUCAAUCGCUUUAUUCCGGCUUAUCACAACCAUUUCGGCAAACAGUGCCGAGUUGCUGACUACGGAUACACCAAACUAAUCGAACUCUUCGAGGCUCUCUCUACAGUGGUGCAGAUCAUGGGAGAUGGUGAGAACCGCCAGAUAACUCUGACCCAUCGAACCCAAGUGCGCCGAUUUACCUCCGAUCUGUUGCGAAUUCUUCGGGCUUUGGGUAACAAGUCGGUCCUUUUGUCCCAGCUGCCAUUGAUCUUUUCACAAAUUCAACACCGUGGCUUCGACAUCACUGACUAUGGAGUCUGUGACAUUGUCGACAUACUUGACGGACUGGUGAAUUCAAACAUCGUCACCGUUUCAACAGUGCAGAAUGGCAAAGACAUUCUAAUAUCAAUACCACAGCGUAAACAAACCUCAACUGAGAUUGAAAAAACGAGCAUAUUUGCAAGUGAAGUGGUAGAACUAUUUCGCAGCGCCCCACAAUAUUCGAUAUUGUUUCAGAAAUUCGUCCGUUGCUAUCACUAUCACUUUGCCUAUCAAUGUCGUUUGAGUGAUUACGGGUUCUUCAAAUUGGCCGAUCUAAUGGAGGCCAUACAAGGAGUAGUAGAAAUGGAACAAAACAAUGAUGAAGAUAAAAAAGUUUUUCUCUCGCCGAAGAUAGCUCGUCGGGUAUUCUCGGAACAGCUAGAGGAGUUAAUUCGUGAAUUCACGGGUUCAUCGAAGACUUGUAUGAAAUUAGAUGAAGUCUUGGAAUUGCAUAAGAAAAAAUUUGGCUAUAAUAUACAGCCACAAGUUUUGGGAGUUGCUGAUAUUGAGGAAGGCAUCAAAAUGUUGCCGUUUGUUGAGGUCCUAAAGAAUGAGAACAAUAUCUGGAUUAUAUGUCAUAAUGACAAUGCCAUCUUUCGUACUCAAUGCUAUCGUUCUUGUAAUUUAAUUCAAGAGCAUGGAAAAGAACAAGUUCCUAUGAAUGAAUUCAUAAGCUUAUUUAGCCUCAAGUACCAAGAGACACUGCCAGAGACAUCUAUAGCUGCAAUGAAACAUGCAAUUGAGAUUAUAACAGAUCAUGAUACUAAAUUCAUAAAAAUCUCAUCCUUUAUGAAAUUCAUUAUGGGAGUUAUUCAAUUCAUAGAGCACCGAACAAUGCUCUUGUCUGAAAUUAAGAAUGCUCUCAAUGUUGAAUGCAUUAAUUGUUUCCAAUAUGGUUUUCCCAAUUUAUACACGAUACUUCGUGCUUAUCCCGAUGUGUUUUCCGUAAAUACAGGACAAACCCAGGAACGCAGCGAGAUUUCCCUAAUUCUGCAGUCGGAAUUAGUUCAUCCUUUAUUGAUUUCGCAACGAAACUUUUCCAACCAACCCUCAGCAAUUCAACCAAAGCAACAACAACAAGGCUCUAAGAAGUUAUCGUCGAUGAAACUACGCCCACAGCAGCAGCGUCUUCCGUUGAGUGAAAACAAUAAUAACAGCAAUCGUUCAUCAUCAUCAUUGAUCAAUAAUAAGACAUUGGAUGUGAUGACGGCAUCUUCAAAAAUUCCACCAUCACAAUCCAACAAAGGACCAUUGAGUGGUUCACAUUUUUAUCCAAAACAACAAUCAAUUCCCACCAAUAAACAGCAGCCACAAACCAUAAUGGCUAACAACAAUAACAAUAAUAUUAAUAAUAACAAUUCUGGUGGCAACAUGAGCAAUAAUAAUAAUAUAACAACUAACAACAGUUGCUUCAAUAAUAACAACAGUAGCUCAAAUAGCAACAAUAAUAGUAACAACAACUUCAAUAAUAUAUUGAAUACAACGGCGACAUCUUGCAGCAACAAGGAGAACUCAUUCAAUAAUUCAGGAUUUAAUGUUUCGUUCAAUUCUUCGUUGAAUUCUCUCUCAGAUCCAAACACAAGUAUGGGUAGUGUCAAUGGCACAACUCCAGUGGGUUUCUCCAAAUUAUGGGAUCGUCGUCGAGGGAACUACUAUAAUAGUACUACGGUAAAUGCUAAUCACACAGAACAGGCCAAUUGUGUUUUCGAAAUGACAGCCAAUAUGCAAAUGUGUCCGGUCUAUGAACCACCUAAACCGGAUACACCACCAUCUGAUAAUAUGCCAUUCUGGAUUGAUCCGAUUUGGGCGAAUAUUAAUGGUGAAAAGCCACCAAAAAUCAAUCCGCUCAAUAUCAAACUUCAACAAUUUAAGGCUUUCAAUAUCUCACCAAUGAUUUUGUCUCCAUACACAUUAUCAAAAACCGAAAACAUGAAACACCAAAUGUUUAAUUUUGAUAAUCAUGAUCGAAAUAUUGCCUGAAAAAACAAUGUUAAUGUUAAUUUUAAUACAAAUUAGCAAAAUAUCUAGGUACAUAAAACAAAAAAAUACAAAACUAAAUGAUUUUAUUAUUUAUUUAUAUAUAUUAUGUAAAAUUAUAUCG